AUGAGCUACCAUUUCGAUACUCUUCAAUUGCAUGCUGGUCAGGAUCCAGAUAGCGAAAAUGCUAGACCAAGAGCACCACCAAUCUAUGCAACUAGUUCUUAUGUCUUUAAUGACUCUAAGCAUGGUGCCCAAUUGUUUGGCUUAGAGACUCCAGGAUUUAUAUAUUCGAGAAUCAUGAACCCCACCGUUGACGUCUUUGAGAAGCGUAUUGCUGCUUUAGAGAACGGUGCUGGAGCUUUAGCUGCUUCUUCAGGUCAAGCCGCUCAAUUGUUAGCCAUUGGUGGUUUGGCACACUCUGGAGACAAUAUUAUUUCUACUUCAUACUUGUAUGGGGGAACUUAUAAUCAGUUUAAGGUUGCGUUCAAGAGAUUUGGCAUCGAGACCAGGUUUGUUAAUGGUGAUAAGCCAGAAGAUUUUGCUAAGCUUAUCGAUGACAAAACAAAGGCCAUUUAUAUUGAGAGUAUUGGUAAUCCCAAAUACAAUGUCCCAGAUUUUGAAAAGAUAACAAAAAUCGCACAUGACCACGGUGUCCCAGUAGUUGUCGAUAACACAUUUGGAGCUGGUGGUUUCUUGAUUCGCCCACUUGAUCACGGUGCUGAUAUUGUUGUUCAUUCAGCUACGAAAUGGAUUGGUGGUCAUGGAAGUACAAUUGCUGGUGUCGUUGUUGACUCUGGUAAGUUUCCUUGGAAAAAAUAUCCAAAGAAGUUCCCACAAUUUUCUGAGCCAUCGGAGGGAUAUCACGGGUUAAUUCUCAAUGAUGCAUUGGGUGACGCUGCUUUCAUUGGUCAUUUAAGAAUUGAACUUUUAAGAGAUUUAGGUCCAACUUUGAAUCCAUUUGGAGCAUUUUUAUUACUUCAGGGUUUGGAAACGUUAUCAUUGAGAGUUGAAAGACAAUCUUCUAAUGCCGCAAAGUUAGCUGAAUACUUAGAAAAGUCUCCAUAUGUGGAGUGGGUUUCUUAUUUAGGUUUACCAUCUCACGAAGACCAUGAAUUGAGUAAGAAGUAUUUAAAUAACAAGGAUGUUUUCGGAGGCAUGCUUUCCUUUGGCGUUAAACAAAUUGGAACCAAAACUGAUGAUCCGUUCAAAGAAUCGUCUCCUAGCGUAGUUGAUAACUUAAAAAUUGCUUCGAAUUUGGCCAAUGUUGGUGACUCUAAAACGUUAGUUAUCUCUCCAUGGUACACAACACACCAACAACUUACCGACGAUGAAAAAAUUGCUUCCGGUGUCACUAAGGAUUUAGUUAGAGUAUCGGUAGGUACUGAGCACAUUGAUGACAUUAUUGGAGACUUCGACCAAGCCUUUAAGAAAGUUUUCAGUUAA